CAUUGGUCGCUGGCCAGGCCUGAGUGACACCUCGUCGUGAGGCGACUCCGCGUCUCUUCGCUUCGGCCGUCCGCCACGGAGAGGGAUGGAGUCGCUCCGCGUCCAGCGGCUGCAGCCGGGCGUCGGAGGGACGCUGCGCUCUCUACGGCCCGGCGUGACGACGGGUGCUCUUCCCUCGGCCGCCUCAGCGCCGCCUCUCCCGCCUCCCCCGCCGCCGCUCGGGCUGACGCUCACCUUGGGGCCGCCGCCGCCCCCUCCGCCGCCGCUCCCGCCCUCCCUCUUGCCGGGAGUGACAGCCGGCGCCACCGCCGCCAGCCCCCCGGGAGCCGCCGGGGGCCCUCCCGCCGUCCUGAGGGAGGCCGUGGAGGCCGUAGUCCGGAGCUUCGCUAAGCACACGCAGGGAUACGGCCGCGUCAAUGUUGUUGAAGCGCUUCAGGAAUUCUGGCAGAUGAAGCAAUCCCGUGGUGCCGAUCUGAAAAAUGGCGCUCUGGUGGUUUACGAGAUGGUCCCAUCCAACAGUCCUCCUUAUAUUUGCUAUGUUACGUUGCCAGGAGGGAGCUGCUUCGGCAGUUUUCAGUUUUGUCCAACGAAAGCGGAAGCCAGGAGAAGUGCUGCAAAAAUUGCACUGAUGAAUUCAGUCUUCAAUGAACAUCCAUCCCGUAGAAUCACGGAUGACUUUAUUGAGAAAAGUGUCUUGGAGGCUUUGGCAUGUUUCAACGGCAACAGGGAAGAAGCAGAUAACCCCAGUACAGGUAUUGGUGCUUUCCGCUUCAUGUUGGAGUCCAACAAAGGGAAAUCCAUGUUAGAGUUCCAGGAACUGAUGACUGUUUUCCAGCUGCUACACUGGAACGGGAGCCUUAAAGCCAUGCGAGAGAGGCAGUGUUCACGACAGGAGGUGCUGGCCCACUACUCCCAUCGUGCUCUGGAUGAUGAUAUACGGAACCAGAUGGCAACGGAUUGGGUCAACCGGGAGCAGAACAUCCCAGGGGCCCUUUCCAGGGAGCUGGCCUCGACCGAGCGUGAACUGGACGAAGCUCGGCUAGCUGGAAAGGAGCUGAGAUUUCACAAGGAGAAGAAAGACAUCCUGAUGUUGGCUGCUGGCCAGCUGGGGAACAUGCAUUCUUCCAACUGCUAGGACUCGCGUAGCUCUUUUCUCUCCCCCCUCUUUAACUACUCUUUCUUCCCACAAUAGUUUGCUGAAGAAGUCAGAAAGGGAUGUUACAAAUACGAAGAAGCCCCAGGUUCAACCCAAUUUUUCCUAAUUUUUAUUGUGCAAUGUGAUGUUUGUAUUUGGGGGACUUUUAGUGCAGAAUUUGAAAAUAAUCUUUAAUCGCCUUAAAUUUUUUAGUUCUAAGUGAAAGGUAUCCUCCCAUUAGGGAAGGAAACCUGAAUUAACCUUUCAGAGAAAAAAAAAACCAUCGAGGUUGUUCAGAACUCGGCUUUGGUUCCAAUAACAGGAACUGUGUCAUUGAACAGCUACCAAUCGGGUGGGAUUCAGCCAGUUCGAGCGAACCUGAUGCUAAUUUUACAUCUGGUUCGCCAAACUGAUAGUUGCAUGGACUGGCUGGCCCCACCCAUCCACCCCACCCCUCUCUACGUGGCCCGUUUUGGAUACCAGGUAAGUGCAGGGCCCACAGCGGAGGCUCUGGGAGGUCGAAAAACGGGCCUUCCGUAAGUCUGGAAAUGAGUGGGUUUCCAGCCUCUGGAGGGCCUCCGGAGCCCGGGGGAGGCAGUUUUCACCCUUCCGGAGGCUCAAAAACAGCCUCCAGAGCCUGGGGAGAGCGAAAAGCUCCCCCCUCCCCACAUGGUGCAGGAGGCCGAGUAAGCCACGCCCACCCAGCAACCAGGCAGAGAACUGGUUGCUAAAAUUUUUGAAUCCCACCCCUGCUGCCAAUGCCUUGUUUCCAAGAAGAGAGGACCAAUUGCACACUUUAAAAAAAAAAAGAUUGUUGAAAAUUCUGUAUAGAUUUUAUACUUGGAUCUCUUUGGAUAUCUUUUCACUCUGCUGAAGAACUUUUUGUAGAACAUACUUAUAAUGUAACCUUUUUUUUUUUUUUUUUUUGGAGAAAUAGAUCUUUGCUCAAAUUUUGAUUCUAUCCAGGUAUUGUACAGUCAUCAGUAUUAAGUAGAAAAGUAACACUGCCAGUGUGUGUUAUUAGGGUAUAAUGCAUUGAUAUAUGCUACGCAGAUGUGUACCUACAAUUAAAGUAGUUUGAUAUACACCAUCUUUUCUUACCACUUGUAAGUAGAGCACUUAAAACACCCCGUUUCCAUUAAUGUCCAACCACCAGUAUUCUAUUUUAACUGAAGAAGAUUGCCCCUUUUUUUCAGUGCCAUUGACUUUGAACAGUCCCUACGCUACAGUUGUAAAUCGAGGACUAUCUGUAUUGACCAUGACUUAAUUUUUAUGUUGUUGUGUUCAAGGUUUACUUUCAAAGCCUUAAGGUACAUUAGAGCAGGGGUCUCCCAACCUUGGCAACUUUAAGACUUGCGGACUUCCAAUUCCCAGCAUUCCUCAGCAAAGCUGACUGAGGAACUCUGGGAGUUGAAGUCCGCAAGUCUUAAAAAAGUUGCCAAGGUUGGAGACCCCUGCAUUAGGGAAUCUUGAGUCUCCUCCAUGCCAGGCCAGCUUGGUUUAUUGAUUAUUAUUAUUUUUUGUCAUGUAUCAAGAAGCUUUCAAGUCCUGAUCCGGUACAAAAACUUGGCAUAAGAUCUCUUUGAUGAAAAACUUCAAGCCCUCUUAAAGUAAAUGGAGCAAUUUGCAAAAUGCACGUCGUCUGGACAACCAUUUGUCUUAAAAUGGUAUAGGAUCUCCUGCUUGAGCACGGGGUUGGACUAGGUGACCUCCAAGGUCCCUUCCAACUCUGUUAACUCUGUUAUUUUGUUCCGGUCUAUGAUUAUAGUAAAGAUUUGAUUGGUGGAAAUAUGAGCCGGUGAACCAGUGGGCUCAAGAAAGUGGUGUUUGGUGGUGUUUUUGUUUGGUCUUCAUUUCUUCAGUAUCUUGCCAUUUGUAUACAUGAAAUAAUAAAACAAUAUCCUCUUUUAUAUAUAUAUAUAUAUAUUUAUAUAUUUUAUACAUAGCUAUCGUUUACACAAUAUUAAUGUUUAAAGCAUUUAUAAAGUUAGCUUAUAACUAAAUUCUUUGAAGAAGAAUGCGUACAUUAACGUCUCCUCUAUUGUUCACGCUAGGGUGGCUUACCAUAUUUUGCCGUAUUUUGGGUUAUUUCUCUUGCCUGAGACUGACUCCGAAUGGGUCUCGGUUGUCACACGACCCAAAUGUGAAUCCUGUACUUGCUUCUGCUGCCGAUUUCUUUCCUGACCACCCAGCUUUUCUUCUCUGUUUUCUCUUAACUACAGUAUUGAUAAUCUCCCGAUUCUCCAUGCCAGUAUUACACCUACAAUACUUCCCUACGCCGCUUGCCGCUUCCACGAUUUGUGCGUUCAGGACUUUGUAAUGCGUAGUUUUUGCGUAAUAAAACAGGAUUUGGGAAAAG